UAAAACAAAUAUUUAUUUCCUCAGUUAGAAGAUGUGGAUGUUUCCGACCGUCUUCGUACUGUUCCUAUUUCUGGAGAGGGGUCACCAAGCUGAGGACGUGGGGCCCGGGAACAAGGCCUAUGUCGGUAUGUGUAUAGAUACCUGUUACCCACACGACUGCUCGGAUGUGUAUGCCCAGGGUCUGACCACAGAUGGGGUGUACAUGAUAUACCCAGAAGGAAGUUACUCCACUGCCGUACCUGUGUACUGUGACAUGACCAGUAAGGGGGGACCGUGGACGGUGUUCCAGAAGAGGUUUGAUGGAAGUGUGAGUUUUUACCGUGGUUGGAAGGACUAUAAAUAUGGAUUUGGCCGAGCAGAUGGAGAGUACUGGCUGGGUCUGAAGAGCAUUAACCUUCUCACCCAAAAGAGGUCCUACCGUCUUCAAAUCGACCUGGAGGAUUUUGACAAUGACGCCCGUUUUGUGACUUAUGAUACCUUCUCCAUCUCUCCUCUGGCCGUGUCUCCUGAGGAAGAUGGCUAUAAACUGCACAUCGCUGGAUUUCAGGAGGGAGAUAUCACCAAACCUAUUCGUGACUCUCUAGCAAAUCAGAACGGGAUGAACUUCUCCACUUAUGACAACGACAGAGACGUAUAUCCAGAAAACUGCGCGGAGAAAUAUACAGGCGCCUAUUGGUACAAAAAUUGCCACGCAUCCAACCUCAACGGCUUAUACCUGAAAGGCAACACAUCCCAGUAUGCCACUGGCAUGGUAUGGUCCACCUGGAAGGGUUUUAACUACUCGCUCAAGGAGAGUGUGAUGAAGAUUGCGGUAAAGGAGGAAGAUUAUGUGUUGUACUAGAUCCCACAUAUGACAUCAUCAGCAUUACCAGAGUGAUGAAAGAAAAAGCAGCCCCACCUUUCUGUUCUUCAUUUCCCCCUCCCCUCUUUUACCCCUCCUGUACCAAUCAGAAUGGCCUCUUGCCCUAGGGUGAGCUUAUGGCUUCCUUUUCUGGGCUCACAGUAUUUUUACAUGUAACGACAUAAGAACACUGUAAAAAUAAAUCCUAUGCAAUAAAUAAAGCAAA